AUGGCAGCACGGCCUCUACUGAUUGGUUUAGCUUCAGCAGGCCGUUCCGGAGCUCUGAGCCUCCCUAGGCGGGCUGCACCCAAGCGGACUUUUCAGCUAUCUACAGCUAACCUCCAGCCCACGGCUGCGACUUCGAACCCUCCGGGAUCGACUCCUCUGACUAGUCAGACGCCGCCUCCAAGCACUGUACCUCCUCAAGCCGAAGUGUUUGCAGACAACAGGCAUGCUGCAUUCCUGGGGGAAGCUGACAGCAACGAAGGGCACGAUGCCGUACGAGAGGUGCACGGGGCACCUGAACCCGCCCUCGAAGCUGAGAAUUCGGCAUUCUUGGGCGAGGCGGACUCAGAUGAUCACUUCGAGGUACGCAAGACUAUAGAGGGAGACAACACUCCGCCCCUGGAUGCCAACAACGCAGCGUACCUGGGCGAGGCCGACAGUGACGACGGCUUUGAGGCUCGAAGAGCGGCCGAGGGAGACAAGCAAGAAAGUUUGGAUGCAACGAACGCCGCAUUUCUUGGUGAAGCUGAUAGUGAUGAUGCCCACGAGGCUGAUUUUGAUAUAAAUCCUGAGAAGCAUCGUCACAACAUUGAGGAUACUAGUGUCAGUGGAUUGCAUGGGCAACAAGGAGAACAAGAUCAGUGA